AUUGUUUAGUUUAUCUACCCACGUAACCUACAAUUUCCACUAGCUCGUAACUCAUUGUGUUUUUGCCAGCUUAAAUAGAAUGUCUAUCAAUCGCUAAGUUACUAAUUAGCUACGUAGUUAGCAGCGUAGCAAAAUCCAUUGAAUUAAAGUACUUCAAUCCUUCCUUGCCUUCAAUCCACACUGACCAGCAUGGUGAAGUAUGACCAAAUAACCCCGACAACCUGAACGACAGUACAGUGCUUGGUUUGUGAUUGUAAAUAUACUAAAUGCUGUAUUGCAUUGUCUUUAUACCCGACGUGUUCACGUAAUUCGUUGACAUUUUUGCGCAAUUAUUUUACAGUGGCAUAUAUCACUUUUGAGCCUUCGUGGGACAGCAAUAGCUUGUCCUGUGGAAUAAAUCAGCCCCGUCAAUGGGAAUGUCGAGUUUCCAUCGUUGGUAAUGGAAAUUAACCCCGCUGCACGCUCGUUUAUAUCCACAAGCCCAAACCAGAUCUUCCAGAAUAUUAAUCUUGGAGGAAUCCGAUGAGCUAUGAAGCUCUUUACUACAAAUGUCCAAUCGGGGUGGGUUAGCGAGUUACAACAAUACAAAGCCCGAUAGGAAUGCAAAAUUGAGAAAAGGUAAUAAAAACUACUGUAUUAAAUAACAUUUUAUAAGUAUUAAAAACUUUACAUAAAAUCCUGCCGAUGUUUCAAAACUAAAGUGAAAGCUUGAGAGGCAAUUUGACUCUUUUUACAAAGGAGUCCAGGGCGUGAGAAGUAACAUUCGUCCCAUGGGCUCCGGAGCAGGACGCGGAGCUCCGUUUCUCGGUUUUGGUCUCCUGGCGGAGCUGCACCGAGGCAGAGGCCGCACGACGGCACGAGACAUUCCAGCACAAACUGCUGCCUCCGGGGCACUCUCCGUGUUUACGCGCUUGAGCCGAGCAACGCUCUGUCGGCCCUGGGGGCAUCUGUUAAACUCUGAAGGGCCACAGCGACCUGGAGGAGGUGACGUCACGCGUGGGCGACAUGGCGGAGCGGCUGGAGGAGGUGGAGGUGCCUUGCAAGCCCUCGCAGCCGGGCUCAGUGGCUGUGGACCACUCUCAGACCGAUCCCAUGGAGAUGGUCCCUCUGAAGCUGGAGGAGCCCAUGGAGGUUUCCCUCCCUCAGCCAGACUGUGCAGCCACACAGGAGGGCACCGAUGUCGUCUCGGCUUCAUCUUCCGCAGACAGGCACGUUUCCAUCCAGGAGUCUCUGGAGGAUCUGGAGAACCUCAUCCAGGUGGACACUGGAGGUAAGAGAGCCUGCCCACUCUGCUCAGAGGAAAAGUUCAGACCAACGUACAACCACAAGCUCAAGCGUCACCUACAGAAUCUGCAUUGGAAAGUGUCCCUGGAGUGCAAUGGUAAGCCAUCUUUCAUUGCUCAUGAAAUAUUGAAACAUAGUUAA